ACAACAUCUGACGAAACAGCAACAAAUCACAUCUCUGCAUUACCUCUGUUUCUCUGUCUGGAACGUAGGGUGUUCAUGGAAGCAUGUCAGGAACAGAUGAAGUGGCACCGCCUUGGUACCGCUCCACCCGAUAUUUCAUGGCUUUCAUUAGCUCCUUCGGUAUGGCGAACACCUUCCUUCAACGCGGCGACCUCAGCAUGGCCAUCGUUUGCAUGGUGAACCACACUGCCGUAGACAUCCUCAAACACGGCCAUUCCAUGAUCGACAAUGUCAGCCUCUUCUCAAACGACACAGCGAGAUAUAUGUAUAUCGGAAGCAAUACAAGCAUAUCUAACACGCCCUCUGGAGUCACGAACAAUGUCACAGCCGGUGAGUCUCCAUACCAUUCGUGUGGCACUCAGACAUCUGAAGAAAAUACACGAGAGAAGGAGGACGGGGAGCUGGUUUGGGACAAGGAGACCCAGGGCCUUGUCCUGGGAGGACUUUAUUGGGGCUAUAUGGGUCUCCAGAUUUUCUGCUCAAUCAUUAUACAACGAUGGGGAUCAAAGAAAGUGGUGGCGACUGGGAUGUUCUUUAUGUCAGUACUGACGUUGUUGACACCGGUCACAGCAAGGUGGUCUCCCUGGGCAGUGCUCGUACUCAGAGCAGUAAUUGGAGUCUUCAAUGGUUUCACUAUUCCUGGCAUCUUCGCUGUCUGGGGAAAAUGGGCGCCUCCGACAGAACGAAGUCGUCUCAUAUGCAUUACAUACUCAGGAAACAUAUCAGCAACCGCUCUGGUGUUUCCUCUAUCAGCGUUCCUUUGCAAGCUGAAGUUUGCUGGAGGAUGGCCCUCAUUGUUCUAUCUCUACGGUGUCCUGGGUUUGUGCUGGACAUUCAUCUGGCUGUACUGUAUGUACGAUGAACCCGCACAUCACCCCAGAAUACACCCAAAGGAAAAACAGUAUAUUGAAGCAGCAUUAGGGAGGUCGACCCUAAAAAGCGUGUCAGUGCCUACACCGUGGCUAAAAAUAUGCACAUCUUUGCCCUUCCUUGGUAUAGUUUGUGCUCAGGUGACUUAUAACUGGAGCAUUUUCCUCAUGAUGUCCAAUCUGCCUAUCUACAUGAAGGAAGUACUGCAAUUUGACAUUAAAUCGAACGGCGCCUAUUCCUUCAUACCGUACCUGGCCAUGUUCCUCGUCAUUCUUCUCGGGUCAUUCUGUGCGGAUGCACUCAUAGAGAAACAGUUACUUAGCGUAACGUAUACUAGGAAACUCAUGACUGUCAUAGGUCAUCUUGUUCCUGGUAUUCUGUUGAUCAUACUGAGCUAUCUGGACUGCACCCAAAGUCACGCAGCCGUGGCCAUUCUGACGUUAGCCAUUGGCCUUGGGGGACUGGCCUUCUGUGGAAUCUUGAUCAACUUCUAUGAUAUUGCACCUAUAUUUGCCACCAAAAUUAUGACCGUUUCCAACGCCAUUAGCAUGAUUCCUGGAAUUCUGGCUCCGUAUGUUGUUGCUGAGAUAACGACAGAUAAAACUAGAGAACAAUGGCAGAUCGUAUUCUUCCUCACUGCUGGUCUGCUUGGGUUGGGAACUGUCGUGUACCUGAUUUUUGGACAAGGUCACGUACAGAAGUGGGCCGUUAUCCGGGAUACGCCAGAGGAAGAGAUAGCUCUUCCUUCAUGACGGCCAAUCUUCAACACGCCACUUCAAAGAAUAUGUUCAGAUGGAAAAUGUCUUGUUCACUUUUGCCCACCUCACCAUCAUUGUUUACAAAUAUUUAAAGAAUUAAUUCAUUCACUAAAUCGUACAUGCCCUUUCCAACAACUUGCAUGUCAACACUGUGGUCAUUCUGACAUUGUGUUUGCCACUCAUAUCCAAAAUGGUAUCGUGUGUGUUUAUUAUUGAUUCGUUUGACUGUUGUGAACACAUGGUAUUUUGGCAAUAAAUACUUUGUUUUUUUAAUGUUACGUAAUAUUGUACGCUUCUGUAGUUUCUAGAAUAAUGUGGAAUAUGAGAUAAGAAGUGUCCCAGUAUCCCUUGUCCUCUGUAACAAUCGUAUUAAAACAUAUGAUACAAAACACUAAAACCAGUUUCAAAUCAAUUCAUAUUAAAUUUCUGCACAAACAAGUACGUUUUCAUGAGAGUUAAUAUCAAUGUCCAUGAACACAACAGGAAUACGUGCACGGUGUCCGCUAACUAUGAUGAUGAGCAGGUUGGACCUGCACGCCUUCAAUACUGAGAAGUAUCUCUAUUAUAGUCGACCCGGCUGGGACAUUCAAGUAUGAAAAUGUGCACUAAAGCUCGGAAAGUGCAUUUCUGCAACAGCUGGAACUUCGGAACGUAAACAUUUGCAGAUGUGACGAGCAAUGCAUGCAGAAUCACUGUGGUUUGUUUUCAUGACUACAUUACGAUUUUACGAAACAUAUCCAUAGAAUCCAUAUCCGAUUUUGAGGGUCAUUUACAGUUUGCAGUUACGUCUAAAAUGUGUAUGCGUAGUGUCGAAUUGUUCUUCAGCAACCCAUGCUUGUCGUAAUAGACGACUAACGGGAUCGGGAGGUCAGGCUCGCUGACUUGGUUGACAUGUCAUCGUAUCCCAUUUGCGUAGAUCGAUGCUCAGGCUGUUGAUCACUGGAUCUUUUUGGUUCAGCCGCGAUUAUUAACGGGACACCGCCAUAUAGAUGGAAUAUUGCUGAGUGGGGCGUUACACAGCAAAAACAAUAACCCUCCCAUAAUUGUUUUGCGCACAUAUAUAUUUCAUGGUGUGAUUUUCCAAAGUCGGAAGUUAUACUUAUACCUAAUCUAGUCAUGAAUCAACUUAUCAUGAUUAUGCUUACACGA